GAUAAGAACCGAACCAGCAUCACAGUGCCAGUAUAUUCUUUCAUGGUCCAGACUCGCUGGGUGUGAGCGGUUAAUAUACAGUUCAAAUUGGACAUUGCCAAGGAAAACAAUCAUCAAUGAAGUAUUAUUCGGUACUCUUCACAGUCGCCACAAUUCUAAUAACGCAAGCAUUAUGUAAUUUGGAACAUGAUAUGAACAGCGAUAUCUUGCGUCAAUGCUUGCAAGAUAUAAGCCAUCACAAUGAGACGGUCACCGAACGUUUGCUGGAAAAAUUCAAUACCUACGCCAACUGGACCAAGGAGGAGAUACCCUGCUUUGCCCGUUGUGUGGCAGCCGAAAAGGGAUGGUUUGACAUUGAACGUCAUCGUUGGAAUAAACAAAAAAUUGUCGAUGACUUGGGUGCAAAUAUGUACAAUUAUUGCCGUUAUGAAUUUAAUCGCCCCUUCAGUAAUGUCUGCACCUACGCUUUCAAGGGCUUAAAGUGUUUAAAACAGGCUGAAUUGAAUGUCAUUGUUACCUACUCGCAUUUGGUGACGUGCGUUAAGGAGAAGGCCACCAGCAUGUCACAAUUAUUGGAAUAUUAUCAUUUUCCGGCCGGCGAACGCAUUCCCUGCCUCUUCAACUGUUUCGCCAAUAAGGCCCAAUUAUACGAUGACAAUUACCAGUGGAUUGUUAAAAAUUGGUUAAAAGCUUUUGGACCGAUACGCGAUGAAUCGGCUAAUAUUUCCAUUUGCCGCAUAAGUGAUGAGAAGCGCCGCACCAUGAACGUAUGCGCCUGGAUGUACGAUGAGUAUAAUUGCUGGGAACGUUUGAAUUACAACACUAAUGGUUCAGUGGCCUAUCGCAGAGCGUUGCGAAAAAUCAGUAAUUCCAAUAGCAUCGAUCAUAAUAAUUGAAUGAAUGAACGAACUAACGAAUGUCAUCACACGAAAUGAGGAAAAUCAUGUGUAUGUGUGCGUAUGUCUGUCCGUAAGUUUGUGAGUGUGGCAUGCAUUCCGAGUUUAAAACAGUAUUGGCGUAUAUUAAUUUCUAUAAAUACAAGCAAAAUAUAGUGGACUGAUUUCCAUAAUGUACCAUUGAAGACAACAAUCAAAUGUACACAAAAAAAAAAAAAAAAAAAAAAAAA